UUGCUUUGCAAUUUACUAGCAGAGGAGUAGCUAGCUACUGAUCAGGCUGUACUAGCGGGUGUGAUUUGGUGUUUUGGAAACGACACAUAGCUGGAGAAUCAGAUGAAUUGGUGCUGCAGCUGAGAUGCCUGUGUGAUUCGUGUUUUGGAAACGACACAUAGCUGGAGAAUCAGAUGAAUUGGUGCUGCAGCUGAGGUGACAACUCAACUUGUCUCCCUGUCCGUCCGUCCGUCCGUGAAAUGGUGGUGAUGAUGGCGUUGAUGAUAAAUGUGUGAGGAGAAAGUCCCUGUGGUCCUCUUGCUGCACCGCACACUUCCCCAUGGAUUCCAGCAAUGACGAUGCACUUGAUAUCAUUAUCACCAAUGUGGUGGCAACCUUCAGGACCAGGUGCCACCUCAACCUCCGCACCAUUGCCUUAGAGGGAACCAAUGUCAUCUAUAAGCCGGAAGUAGGGAAAGUCCUAAUGAAGCUUCGUAAACCCAAGAUAACAGCCUCAAUCUGGUCCUCAGGGAAAAUCAUCUGCACUGGAGCAACAAGUGAGGAUGACGCAAAGCGGGGUGCUCGCAGGUUAGCACGCGUUCUGCAGAAACUGGGCUUCAAGGUGAGGUUUUCAGCCUUCAAAGUUGUGAAUGUCCUGGCAGUGUGCUCCAUGCCGUUUGCAAUCCACCUUAUAGACUUUACCAAGAAGAACCGACCCAUCGCCAGUUAUGAACCAGAGCUCCAUCCUGCUGCCACGUACAGGAUCAAACACAUCAAGGCUACUGUACAGGUGUUCUCUACUGGCAGCAUCACAGUUACAGGACCAUGUGUGCAGAACGUGGCCACAGCUGUUGAGCAGAUCUACCCGCUGCUGUUCGAGGUUCAGAAACCCCUCCGCAAAUAAAAGAAGACGACGGAGGGAAUGAAGGAAAAGAGGAGAGCCCGUCUGAUUCGUUUGUUACAAGUGAGGAAGCACCUUAUCCUUGGAUUUAUUUGCUCGAUUUUAUCACUACGCGGCAACAGACACAAACUUUUAACACAAUCAACGGACUGGAUGUCACCGGGAUUUAAAAGAAUCCCCUCAACAACCCUUGUCGGAGUUUUAAAACUUCCCUCUCACAAAAACAUAGUUGUUGUUGUGGAUUGUGUCGCUCUUGUGAUUUUAACAGCCUAAAAGUGCAUCUUUCAAACAUCAGAUCCUUCAGCGGAAGUAGCUCCUCCAAACGUGACUGACACUGAAGGGGGGAGGCAGUUAUCUGCUCUCGCUCUUUAUUUGCUCUGGGUUUUUUUGCAUGGACACAGAAAAAACAGUUUUACAACAGUCUAACUAUUUCAAUGACUAACAGUUGUGACCAUUGCGAAGAGUCAGUAUGUGAAGACUAAGAAGCCUCAACUUUAACCCUAUAUACAAGAAGUCGUCCCAUUUGCUACAUACUCUAGAUCUCCGUCCAUGGGUCGUUUGCAGACGCAAAUACAUGGCAACCACUGUAUUACCCAUAUUUUUGCCCAAAGGGAAAAACAGCAGUCAAACCAUAGACUGAGUCUUGACUGUUACACAUGUACACACGGUAAGAGCAGGUCCUUAAGGAGAUGCACAUAUCCACUCACAACACACAGUCAUGAUCUCUGAUUUUAAUAGUUGGUUUCUCACAUUUCCUUACUUAGUUUGGUUGUCAGUUCACUAUAAAUGUGUAAACUGUGGCAUUGGAUCAGAAUGCACACGCGUUAUCUCAUUUCAUUUCUUGUCAUUUCCUAAAAAAAUACUUUUAAACACAAUGCAAAGACGAAAUAGUUUUUUUUCUUGGCUGGACAAUGUACAGAAUAAGCUCGAUGUCCUACAUUUUUUGGUAUGUAAUGAAAACGUUUGAAGGGUUCAGGUAUAUUUGAUUUUUCAGGCGGUCCGUUGUUGAGCCAUAAGCUCCUUUCACACGGCCUGUUCAAGGCGGGAAUGUUGCGCCGUUAUUCCACCUCGCUGUCCUGUAUGAAAGGUACGGAGAUGGAAAGAGGGGAGAGAGUUGUUCCGCCGCUGAGCCGUCAGUGGAGGUAGUCGCAGAGCCGAGCCGAUGGCAGGACUACACGCACACACGCUACACGCAGACGCUGUUGUGUUUAAUGUCACACCCCUUUUGCUCCCCCGAUGCGGGCGUGAUAUAUAAAAUCGCACAACAGGCCGGUAUUAUGCCGCCAUUGUUUUGUUCAGUGUGAAAAGCAAAGCUGGCGUAAUGGCAGUAUUGCGGAAUCUCUGUGUGAAAGGGGCUAUAGACUCCCCUCACGCUUUUACUUAACUCAGCUACUGGUUAGAGAACUCAUAAUUACAAAGCAGCCAGUCUUCAGUUAACUCGUCUGUCACUCAUUGAGAGGUUUGGCAACACAUUCAUUUCAAUUUGUGAAGCAACGUACGACCACACACAGUGUUGAAAGAGGACAUGCCGACAGCAUUAGCCAGUCUGAAAAACAAACCCUUCACAGAAUAUCAUUCUCCUAAAAAACAAAAAACAAAGGUUUAGUGUUUUUUUUAAAUAGAAAACCCUAAUGACAGGCAACAUAGAUGUAUGUAUAUAAUAAAGGCAUCUGAUGGAAAAGAUGUAGAUAAAAAACAUGUUGUCUCAAGUAUGUGGGAUGGACUUUUUGAACCAGUGUCAACUGAACAUUUGUGACACUUGUUCAGAAUUUUGUAUUUUGUAUAAAAAUAAAGGUUCAUGAUAAAACAAGGCCA